AUGUUCCCGCCCGGGCUUCUUACCGUUCCACAGAAUGAGGGGUCCGGCAGUCACUGUGUCCUGUGGGUCCAGCAGAGUGUGGAGCGGAGAGAGGAGAGGUGCUUUCACUUCUCUGGUUUCUGCAAGUCUGAGACUCUGGAGAUCCGAUCCCUUUUGUCGCAGAAACUCCAGAAGGCAAGGUGCCGACCCUGUGCAAAGCGCUGUCUGCCGCCAUCCGCCAUCCGCCAUCCGCCAUCCGUCAUCCGUCCAGUCUGGGUGAAGCAUGAUGAGACUGUAGCACCAAGAGCGGAGGACACAGCGAACCCCAGUUCCAAGACUGUGGAGCACACCCAAGUUCUGGAAGGAAAAAUGCAGAAAGGAGCAAACCAAGGCGAAAGUUUGGGAAGCACCGAAGAAUCGAAUGUGGGAAGGAAUGUGAAGGGGGCAGAACAAAAGCCCUCAGGUCGUCCCCGUAGCUCAUGGACUGACUCUGAAAUCAGGGUCUUCCUGCAGGAGUGGGAAGUAAUUGAACAUGAAGCGGGCCACCCGGGCAGGAAGAUGCACAAGAAGACCAAGUUUCUUUGCCAGCGCCUCUAUCAUCGGGGCCUGAAGAAGAGCUGGAAAAGCUGUUUCCACCUCCUGCGGAACCUGCAGGAUCUGCACAGGACUCUGUGUAAUGAGAGACCAGGGAUCGAACCCUUGUUUUCUCCUUAUGCAGAGGCCCUAUACAGGAUCCUGGGCUCCAGUCCCCAGGAAAGCUGGUUCCCAGGUCCUCUCUACGACGGGGCUGGUGACUCCAUGCUCCCCGUGUACCCUCAACCUCCCAGAUACCAGCCUUCCGACUAUGGCAUCACCGUCCCUUCUGCACAGCUUCAAGGGAAUCCGCUGCCAAUGAUGGCGCAGGAGGAUCCCCCGUUUCCCACAUGGGAGCCCUGGAAUCCCAGCUAUCCAUUGUCAGUUCCACACCUACUCCCUGGCUUUGUCCCAGAAGACCCCAGCCUCCAGCAGCCAUGGUCAACCUGCAAUUUACAGCAAGAUCCCCAGUGA